AUAUAUAUUAUAUAAGUAUGUAGAGAGCAUUUUUUCCGUAUUAUUUUUCUGCGGUGACAAACUUGGCAACGAGUCGCAGUUCCUUUUUAAUUUAUUUGAAUUGGCAAUGGGUAGGAGUCCGUCCGGCUGCCCGGGCCACAUUUCGCAUUCAAUCGGCAAGUUUUGCGCCUUGUCAUCGGCGGGAUUCUUCUUGGUAGCAAUUUUCCAAAGUCCCUGGUGCCCGACCGACUCUUUUGUGAACUUUUUAAUUACCGCUGCGAGUUUUGCCUUGCUUUCUUUUCGGACUUCCCUCGCCCCAGUCGCUGGCUGCAUGGCUUAGCCUUUUCCAUUUUUCAAGUUGUUUAUGAAAUAUUUAAUGGAAAUUAUGCAAAACUUGUUUACCAGACUUUACAUCCAGCACCCGCCGCCGCUCGCCAUCAGCCAGUUCUCCAUUUGGCGCCUUCGAACCAAGUUCCUCACUUUUUGCCACUCAAAUUAAUUGCAUAACAAAUUGUGUUGAUGAAGUGCAAGAAUUCCGGAGUACAUCUAACUGAAAUGUGCUUGGCCAUGAAGCCAUCGAGCACGCUUUUGUUUUCCGGCUAAUGUACACAGUCGGUUGCCAUGGCCCCUCAUCAAGUUCUCAUUUUCAGCGCACUUGCAGCAAGUGUUUAUUGCAAAAAAGAACAAAAUACAUUUUUUAAUAAUGCUUAUAUCAAACUAUAAAAAUUGCUACUGUCCAUUUCAGUGCCAUAUAGCUAAUUGGUGGACAUCAGAAGAUCAUUAUGGCGGCAUUACGCACCUAACGAUGGCCAUUCUAUUGGGAAACAGUCGUAUCCUUUCGCGGCAUUCAGUUGGUAGAUCCAUUUCAUCGAUGGCCCCGUGGCAUUCGCUUCGCCUGAGCAACCGUUACAUCAGCAGGCACGUGCUCCUCCUGCUGCGCUUCUACCUGGCGCAGUUCUAUUACCUGGGAUUGAUGCGCCUCCGCUACGAUGAGUCCUGCAACGAGCUGCGAUUGACGUACUACAGCGUCACGGUGUCAAGGAUGAUUGGGCUUUGGUGCGCCUUCUUCUUCACGCUGGCACUCCUGGAUCCAUAUCCCCUGAUGCUGCAUCUCCAGCUAGUGGGAUUCUCCUGCUGGCUGUUAAUCCAGCCAAGAGAAGUCAUCGAGGAGCGGAGACGGGUGAUAAACCGAAUCCUGCGACUUUCGCCGCAGCUCCAUCGGCUCUGCAGGCGAAAGGUGGAGCUGUCCUGGUUUGUGGCCUUCCAGUUGGUGCUCAAGCUGCUGGUCUUUCGGUUGUUCUACAAGGGACUGCUGGGCCCCACAAACGCCGCCUGGAAAGCGCUCUUUAUUGUGCUCUUCGUGGUGCCCAUUUCACUGGCCAUUUGGGUGAUAGACGUCACCUCGCAUCUGAUUAGCAUUGUGCUCGCCCUCCUGCUGAAGUCCUUCGAGCUGGUGAACAGUGAAAUGGCGGCCAUUGACGAGAGGCUCUGUUUGGAGAUUCUGCGAUCGGAUUACCGAGCGGUCAGAAGGCUACAGAGACGCCAGAUUUCGCUGCAGCGGUUGCAUCGAUCCUAUGUCAAGGUCACCCGGCAAUGUAUAGAUUGCCUGAGCCCCCAGUUGGUACUCAUCGUUCUCUACAACCUGAGCUCCAUCUACACUUUUUCCAGUGGCGUAUGGCGGCGCAUCUUCCAGAUCGCGGUCAUCGUCAACACGCUGCGGUCUCUGCUACACAUCCUCGACGAGCUGGUGGCCACUACAGGUGCUCCGCAGGACACCUCCUGGAUGCAUGUGGCGCGAUUGCUUCAGUUCGAGGAGGUCCUGGCCACGCAUGGCUGGUUGCAGCGGAAGGACUUCCGCUGGAAGCUGCAGGAUACCGACAGUUUUGGUCAGAGCGUAAGGAGCAGCUGCUUCCAAAGAAGGCUUUUAGUCCUGGGAUUGGUUACACCCAACAAACGACUCCUGUUUCGCAUCGCCUUCGCGUUCUGUUGUCUCCUGCAUCUGCACUAUAUGCUCAAGAAAUCAGCAUUGGUUGCCGAGAAGGAAAUCUUUAUCGGUUCGGAAGUGAUCACAAAACCCAAGCAUUAGGCACUUUUAGUUUGUAGAAAGUUUUCAAUGUGCAUU